CGUCGUCGUCUUCUCUGCAGACUGCAAUUGCUCUUCUAAUUCCUUCCAUCUCUUGGUCGCUAUUAUCUCCAUUGUCGCGUUUCUUAAUUUUCUUCCAAAAUUUCUAUAUAUUAGAAGUAACUGCCAUUAUUCAUAAUCUGUGAUUGGUUUUAUUCGCAUACACGGUCACCAGCGACGUAAUGGAAGCUCACGGCGCCGCACUCCGGCGAGUGCUGCUAUUGUCCUUUUGCGUUGCUGGGAUUUGGUCGGCCUAUAUCUAUCAGGGCUACCUUCAAGAGACUUUGUCUACCAAGCGAUUUGGUCCUGAUGGGAAAAGAUUCGAACACCUAGCAUUCCUGAAUUUGGCUCAAAGUGUCGUAUGUCUCAUUUGGUCUUAUAUUAUGUUAAAGCUGUGGUCUAGAAGUAAUUUUGGUGGUGCUCCAUGGUGGACUUACUGGAGUGCAGGCAUUACCAAUACAAUUGGUCCAGCAAUGGGUAUUGAAGCACUCAAGUACAUCAGUUACCCUGCCCAGGUCCUUGCAAAGUCAUCAAAAAUGAUUCCGGUCAUGCUGAUGGGCACUCUUGUCUAUGGUAUACGAUACACUUUACCAGAGUACAUUUGUACAAUACUUGUUGCUGGAGGGGUAUCUACAUUUGCACUAUUGAAGACUAGUUCAAAGACCAUAAGUAAGCUGGCACAUCCAAAUGCACCUCUUGGAUAUGGGCUUUGUUUCUUGAACCUUGCCUUUGAUGGAUUUACUAAUGCCACUCAGGAUUCAAUUACUGCAAGGUAUCCAAAGACGAGCGCUUGGGAUAUAAUGUUGGGGAUGAAUUUAUGGGGUACAAUAUACAACACAAUCUACAUGUUUGGCUGGCCAUAUGGUAGUGGAUUUGGUGCGGUUGAGUUCUGUAAGCAGCAUCCAGAGGCAGCCUGGGACAUUUUCCUCUUUUGUCUCUGUGGUGCAUUAGGUCAGAAUUUCAUCUUUCUAACCAUUAGCCGAUUUGGUUCCCUGGCUAACACAACCAUCACUACAACGCGCAAAUUUGUCAGCAUUGUGGUGUCCUCAGUGCUGAGCGGCAAUCCAUUGUCAACAAAGCAAUGGGGUUGUGUUGGCAUGGUCUUCUCUGGCUUGUCAUAUCAGAUAUAUCUCAAGUGGAAGAAGUUGCAGAAGAAAAGAAAGGCAACGUGACAGUGAUUAUGUUGACAUGUAUCAUGUACUGUUUCAUGUUCAAUUAUUAUUGAGGCAAAACACACAUCAUGUGUUUUUCUGUAUACAGAAUCUGCAGAAUGCAGAUAGUACAUAUCUAUAUGUGCUCUAUGAACAUGGAUUAUUCGGAUUUCACAUUUGUUUCAAACUUGUCUGCUUGAGCUGGGA